AUGGCCCUGCUCAUACUUGUCCUUCUCGUAGCCGUCUGCAGCUAUUUCACCCUACGCCCCCUCUUCUCACCUUUAUACAAAGUCCCCGCCGCUCACUGGUCCUCCCGCUUUAGCCCCCUCUGGAUCCUCUGGACGCGUUGGUCAGGAAACGAGCUCUCCAGGCUAAUCGACGCCCACCGCAAACACGGGCCGAUUGUGCUCGUCGGACCUCAAGAUCUCAGCGUGAGCUGCUACCAAGAUGGCAUCCAGAAGGUCUAUGAUGCGGGCUUUCCGAAGCCGGCGCCGUUCUAUUCUAUGUUUAACUAUUACCGACAGCGCAACGCCUUCACAAGCCUUGAGAGAAACGAACACGGCCUCCGCCGAAGGAGAACUGCCUGUCUGUACUCUAAGUCUGCGCUAAUUCAGUCGGAGCAUCUCCGCGAGGUCACAGUGUGUCUCAUCUACGAUCGUCUUCUACCGAGACUUAACGCAGCGGCGACAGGCAAUUGCAACGGCCGCAUUGACGGGCUGGACCUGAGCUACCGCGUGUGCACGGACUAUCUCAGCUCGUUCUUAUUUGGGUAUUCUAACGGAACGGACUAUCUUUCCUCAAUGCCUGUGUUGGGGAAAGACUUGGAAUUUGACGGGCUAAGCCUGUGGCGCUUUCACUACGAGAACCUAUCGUGCCACGAGGCAUUCUUCGUGCAGGAGACACCGGGCUUGUAUGCUUUUUUGAAGUUGGUUGGUAUUAACCUGCUGCCGAAGAAGUACACAGAUGCAACGGCAUUCCUGGAGGGUUGGAUGUCGCAGAUGGUUGAGAAGGCUGAGAGGAUGAUUGGCUGGAAACAGAGGACGGGGCUGACUUUGGCACCUAAAGAUGAGCCUGCUGUGUAUGAAACAGCUAUGGAGGCAGUGAGAAGCGACUCACCACAUCUCAGUGAGAAGGAGCAGCGAAUGCAAGUCGCUAGUGAGAUGUUUGACCACAUCUCUGCGUCUCGAGAGGUCUUAGGUCUCAUCCUCGGCUACGCCUUCUGGUACCUCGCCCAACAUCCCGACGCCCAGCACCGUAUUAGUGCAGAGCUGGACGCACACGGAAUUGACAUGAGCAGCCGAAGCCAUGACUCUAACACCCAAGACACAGGGGCACCCAGUAGAGCCACGCAACUAGACUCCCUCCCCUAUCUCCACGCCGUAAUCGACGAGUGCCUGCGAAUGCGCCCCACCAGUACCCCCUUACCCCGAAUCACGCCCGCCGACAGAGAAGUCUUUGUAGCCGGGUUCAGUAUCCCGCCGGGAACGCGCAUCAACAGCUUCCAGUGGUUUGUGCACCGGGAUCCUCGGAAGUGGGAGAAUGUGAAUUGCUGGGAUCCCCAGCGCUGGCUUCAGAUGGACCGGGUGAGUGGAAAGAAAUACAAUAGAGAAGAUGUGCUGUGGCCGUUUGCGAGCGGGCCGCGGAUGUGCCUCGGCAAUCACUUGGCGUACUAUUGUAUGCAGCAUAUUCUUGCCGUUGUGUGCUCGAGAUUUGUUCUUACGGCGUUGCCACGUGAGGAGAGGCAGUGUUGGCCUGGGUCGCCGGAGGAUGAGCUGCCGAUUCGGGUGGUCUUGAGGGGGUGA